AUGCGCGCAGUUCAUACUGGAGCUUCUGCUACUGGUAUUCUACCAGUCGUGGAUCUGUCGAGAUCCGGUAAAAUGAGACCGAUUAUUUUUCUAGUCCUAAGCAUUUCAUCAGUUUGUGCCGUCUCACUCAACACUCAUUGGGAAGAAGAAGACACAAAGUGGAUCUCUGGUAUCCUUGAGAAUGUUUUGAAAAAGAAGGUUGAUAGCCUGGGUUCUCUGCAUUAUGCUACGAGUGCAUUGAAACUGCUGAAGGUUACGCCAGCUAGUGAUGCUGCUCACUUAGCCUGUGAAGCAGCUAAGAAGGCAGAUUUAUCUGAGCUUGAUAACCUUUACGAUGCUCUCGCUAUUUCCGCUGACCUUCCGAACUGUGCUCUACCGAGCGUAGCGGGAGCGCAGAAGUUGAUCGACGGAGUGAUUAAAGAAAUUACUCCUAAUGGUGAGAGGAUUUACCGAGCUCUUCGCUCAGCUGAUCAUGGCAAAAAAAAAAAAUUUCAGGUGGACCAGGGCGCCUUUGAUAAGAUUUUACUUGAGGCAAUGAAGGAAGACUCCCCUCUCAAUUUGGGAUGGGUUUUCAAUGCUGCAGCUUUAUUGAAUAAGGAUUUGGUCUCGAAAUACUUUGAUAAGAUCAAAAACUUGGUUUCUCAGGCCGAUGAAGUAGAUAAAAAGUUUUUGCAGUUUGAGGGUGGUCUUACCACUACUGCAAUUGCAGUACAUGGCAUUAUGUCGUUGGCUGAGAAACAAGGAAAGGUUCCAGCUUUAUCGCAGGAGCAGACACUUUUAUUCUCUAAUUACCUUUUGUCGCGCAAACAUGUGUCCACUGAGAGGGCUGCUUUCCAUCUGCUAAAAGCACUGGGUGUGCUUGUAAAUAAUCACCAACUUGUGCCAAUAACGGUAUCACUGGUUGGGCCUGUCAUGUUCGAUCGUAUGCAGCCCAUCAAAAUUGCUGUUACGAACGUCUUUGGUCUACCCAUCGAGGCAACUGAUGUUCAUGUGGAUAUCACUCCUCUUGGAUCAGAACGCGCUCUUGCAAGCAACGUGAAAAUGAACCGCUUGAGCUCGUAA